AUGGAGUACGCGCCAGGCGGCAGCCUUUCCACCUACCUGGCCGCCAACGUGUUCACGGAGGACGUCGCGCGGUUCUUCUUCCAGCAGCUGAUUUUCGCCGUGCGGUACUGCCAUCACAUGAACGUGGCGAACAGGGAUGUGAAACUCGAGAACACACUGCUGGAUGCAGACAAGAAGCUGCUGAAGCUGUGCGAUUUUGGGUUGUCAAAGGACUCGCGGAGUUCCCUGUGCAAGACGCGCGUUGGCACCCCCAACUAUUUGGCACCUGAGAUCGUCAACAUGAAGAAGGGGGGAACAUACGAUGGGAAGGCAGUUGACAUCUGGAGCUGUGGAGUCGUUCUCUAUGUCAUGCUGUUCCGAUCCUUUCCUUUUGAAAGGGAAUGUGACAGGACGCUCGACAUGAAGGCCGCCAUGCUGGCCCUCAUGGAGCGGAUCGUGAAGAGCGACUAUAGCGUGCCCUCAGAGUCGACCGUCUCCGCGAGCUGCCUGGAUCUCCUUGGCAAGAUACUGACUCCAGACCCAGCCCAGAGGAUCACGGUGGAGGGCAUCAUCAACCAUCCGUGGUACCAGACUGACCUCCCUCCUGGCGCUGACAACACAAACUACCCUGUGCGCCCAGAGGAAGGCCUGCAGUCUGUGCAGAGCAUCGUCGAAAUAUUGAUGGAGGCGAACCACAUGGACGACGCGAUGGCGUGCUGA